UCUUUGUUAUAAAGUCUUAAAAAUGGAGGAUGAGGAGAGAAUGGAGGAGGAAGAUAGAGAAGAAGAUGAAUUAUCAAGUGAUGAGGAUGUUGAGGAAGAAUCCUUGAAGGAAAUUGAGGAAUUGAAUGAGAAAUUGUCCAGAUCUCCAUUUGACUAUCAUUCUCACAUCACACUUAUUAAACUUCUGAGGAAAACUGGAGAACUUGAAAAAUUAAGAGAUGCUCGUAAUGUUAUGGCAAAGAUAUUUCCACUAACUCAGGCUCUCUGGUUGGAGUGGAUUGAAGAUGAGAAAAAAUAUGCGGAAUCGGAAGAAGAUCAUAAUAGAAUUGUUGAAUUAUUUGAGAAAGCUGUCAAGGAUUACAUAUGUCCAGAGGUAUGGCUCGAAUAUGCUCAAUAUUCUAUAAGAUGGUUGGGUUCAGAAGAUGGUUUGAAUAGAAUUCGUGAUGUUAUGGAAAGAUCUAUAACAGCCGUAGGCCUACAUGUAACAGAAGGUGCUGCGUUAUGGGAAAUGUACAGAGAAUUUGAAAAUGCAAUGUUACAAAAUUUACAGCCUGCUCCUGGAAGUGUACCGACAGCCGAACAACAAGAAAAAAUCAAAAAACAAUCGAAUAAAAUAAAAACUCUCUUCAAGCGACAACUCGCCAUUCCCCUGCUAGAUAUGCAAACCACAAUGCAAGAAUAUAUUGAAUGGUGUGAAGAUGAAAUUGACUCAAACACUAAAGUUAUGUAUGAAAAAUCACUCAAACAAUUCGAAGAGUUGAAACCAUUUGAAGAUGCAUUGCUACAGGCUGCAUCACCCAAGUUAGAGGAAUAUCAAAAUUACAUUCAACAUGAGAUCAAAUUAGGAGCUCUGGAAAGAGUGCAAUGUAUUUAUGAAAGAGCAUUGGUUGAAAAUUGUUUGAAUUCUGAUUUCUGGAUACAAUAUUUGAAAUAUAUGAGUUAUCAGAUUCACUCGCCGAAAUUACUGGUAGAUGUCCAUCUCAGGUCAGUCAGAAAUUGUCCAUGGACCGGUCAAUUGUGGGUUUUAUAUUUAUUAGCACUGGAGAGAAAUAAUGCAAAUAAAGAAAAGUUGAAUGAUGUUUUCGAAGAAGCGCUAUCUUCCGGAUUUACAUCAGCUAGUGAAUAUGUUGAAUUAUGGCGGACAAAAUGCUCUCAAAUGAGGAGAAGAAUUUCUAAUGGUCCAGAAGAAAUGGAAGAGUUGAGAGAAAUCUUUGUUAAAGCAACUAACUACAUCAAUGAUAAAUUAUAUCCAGCAUUUGAUGACACCGGAGAUGACAAUUAUUCAAUGUGGACAUUCUGGGCAAGAUGUGAAGCUGGAUGCUUAAAAAAUCAUAAUAAAGCUGUUGAUAUUUUACAAACACUAACUCAAGACAAUGCAGAUGCAAGAAGAAAAAUUUGUAUUUGGAGGGAAUGGUAUAAUAUUGAAAGGUUGUAUGGCGGAGAUGACAAACUUGAUAAAUGCAGAUCUAUAUUACGACAAGCUGUACAGAAUUGCGCAAUACUUCCUAACAGUGAAAGAGGUGGAAUACCAGAUGCAGAAGUUGCUUGUGAGAUGCUACUCGAUUUCGAGAGAGAGUUUGGUAAUAUUGAAGAGAUGGAUGAAUCGAGGAGGCGUGUCACAAAUAAAAUGUCAAAGGUCACAAAAAGGAGAGAAAAGGAUGCUGCUUCUGCCUCUGCAUACAUCCAGCGUCCUAGAAAAAAGGAAUGGCAACCAAGACAACAGAAGGGAAACAAACAAUCUGGACCAAUGAAAAGAAAAAGUUCUGGAGAAGACAAAAGUCAUGAUAAAAAAGGAGAUCAUGGUGGAUAUCAUGAAGAACAGAAACGAAUGAAAACUGAAGAAUCUCCCUCAACGUCGAGUAGUGGAUUCAAGACUCCAGCAGGCCUUCCAGUACGAUACGGUAAUGAAUCAAAAUCUCCAUCCAAACCAACAGCAGUGUCCUCAACAGGUUCAAAACCUCCACCAGGCUUCAAAGGUCCACCUCCUGGAUUUAAAGCACCUCCACCUCCUGGAUUCAAAAAUAAGCCGCCUCCCGGGUUCAAGGGUCAGAUUAUGCCUUCUGAUCGGAAUAAUAACAAAUCGCAAGAUAUAUCUUCCCAUGAUGCUGAACCUGAAUCAGAUAAUAAAACUAUAUUCGUCAGCAAUCUGGACUUCAAACUAGAAAAUAUAGAAGAGAAAUUACAGGAGAUUUUCAGUAAGUGUGGAAAGAUUGAUGAAAUUCGUGUUGCCCGAAGUCACAAUGGAAAUUUCAGAGGAUUUGUUUUCAUUCAAUUUACUAAUGAAAAUUCUGCAAAAGAAGCUUUAAAAUUAGACAGACAGCAUAUAAACACUCGUCCAAUGUUUGUAUCUCCUAAUGUUGAUAAGAAAAAACAUCCAAAUUUCAAGAUCUUCAGAUAUGAAGUAGGAUUGGAAAAACACAAGUUAUUUAUUUCCAAUUUAUCAUUCAAAACGACAGAGGAAACAUUGAGAGAAGAAUUUGGCAAACAUGGAACGUUGAAAGCGCUGCGUAUUGUGACAAAUAGAAGUGGACAAUCUAAGGGUUUGGCAUACUUGGAAUAUGAAAACGAAUCUGAGGCAGCUCAGGCUUUAUUAAAAGUUGAUGGAAAAGAGAUUGAUGGAUUCAAUGUUAAGGUUGAAAUAAGUAAUCCACCGAAAAGGAAUCCCCAAAGUGGUGAUCAAAGUAAAUCGUUGUUGGGUGGAGGUGAUGGAAGACAAUUUCAAGGAAGCAGAGGACGUGGACGAACACAGUUGAGUUUGUUGCCGAGAUCAAUAAGCCAAUCAUCAAGUAAAAAGACUCAAAACGGAGACUCUUCAAAUUCGUCGAGUGGUGGCAUGAGCAACAAAGAUUUUGCUAAAUUGUUGAACAAGUGAUGGUUCAAUGAAUAAAAGGUUUAUUUUGGUUGGUUUGCAUUGAGAAUUUAAGAGAUUGGACGAAGGUAAUGAGAUGGUGAUGAAACAUGAUGAGUAAACAUAUUGAAUUAACAUUCCCGCAUGUUCGUGGUUUGUUAGUACUAUCUAGUGUGUUAUCUUGGAAAUACUUCAUCAAAAAUAAACAGAGAUUAUCACCGUGUAAGUUGGUGUGCUGGGUGGGUAGCCCCACUGGUAAUAAUCUGCAAUAUACCGAUAGUUUAGCCUACAAAGUGCUGUGGCUUUGUUUGUUAUCUUGGAAGAAUGCAUUAAAAAUAAUACGAGCUCAUAGCGAGUAACACAGUGUAAGUUGGCUAGACCGGAUCUAUUGCUUCUUGCUAGUUGUGUAUGCAUUACUAUAGCACAAGUUCAGGUACUCGUUCUUCAAUAUCAGAGAUUCAUUUCUGAGAUCGUUGCUGCCUAGUGUCAUGCUAUUUACACACCUUGUUUGUGAUUGUUUUGCAUGGCAUUUCUUGGUGUUUGUCCUGCAGAUGUUUGAUAACAUCCAUGGCAAAUCUUUAAUUUUCAUCUUUUGUAAUAAUACAGAAUAAAAAGGAAGUCUACUCUU